CGCAGAGACUCGCCAGUUAUUCUUAGUAAGAUGGCACCCGUUCUUAUUCCACUACCCGAGGCACGGCAGACUGUCGUUCUUAUCGAAUUCGACUCCCGUUCCUCUGUCUCUGGAUUUUUAGGCCUGGCAGACGACUGCAGGUCUUGCUUGGCAUACGCGCCCAAGGCUAAAGCCAAGCAUUGCGGACGCCGUCUCCCUAAAGAGCGUGGCACGGAAGUCUCCAACCUUCUGUCACAAUUACUGGACGUGCAGAUGCCGUCCCAGCUGGCGCACAGGCUCCUCGAGACUCUCUCCAACAAAGUCAUCUGUAGCGGGCUGCGUCAUCCACGUCUUCCAGAUGGCACAACCGCAGAGUCUCAGGCGGAAUACAUCUAUGGGCGGUGGCGCGAAAAGCUUUGGUGGGAAUACCUCGCGUUGAAUGGCCUUUCCAGGACCGAGCACGACGGGGCGCUGUUCGACAUGCCUCCGACCCUCAUGUCUUCGGAGCACUGGGCGACGAGUUUACCCUCCAGGCCAACUACUCCACUGUCGAUCAAAGCCAAAGCCGACCCCCGUGGGCAGGGACGACGGUCGUUCUUACACAUGACCCCUCCGAGAGGAAAUCGAAACCCCAUAUCAGCCCUCCCCCUCUCCGGACGGGCGCCGCUUGUGCGAAAAGAUGCUGUUCUGCCCGUACCAAAAUGGAAGCAUGAGCCGUCGGAGUCGGAAGACAGCGAUGAGGAUGACGAGGGACAUGAAUAUCCUACAUCACCACUGGACGCUCAGUCGCCCCUCGGACCCGAAUCGAGCCCCUUUGAGUCACCGUGGAGUCGCAUGUCAACUCGCUCCGGGUUCAGCUUGGCCGAUGCGGAGUUGGAGAGCGCGGACACGACUCUCUCAAGUCUGAAUAUGUCGACAUCAGCCGGAAGCCCACGGCAGAAGCCCAAGCGAGUGACUCUGACUGGAAAGCAAGAGGUCUCGGUGUCUGACAUCACUGCGAAGAUUGAACUGCUUCUCUUAGAGAGGUCACUUCCGUCUAAAGCGGCACCCAGCAGUGCCAGUCACCAAGAAACCAGUCUCACCUUUUCUUCUUCGAUCCCCGUCUCAGUAAACAAGGAACGCGUCUUGGGCUGUUCGAAGGAGGUCGAUGGGACGGAACAGAGUAGUAGCAGCACUGUCACUCAAAAUUCCCCAAGGGCCGUUCGAAGUUCCCCCCGGAACCCCAAGUUUAAAUCCUUGGUCAGCCCCGGGCUGCAGUCGGAGCCCCUAUACAGCUUGUUGAAGAAGAUGGAAGAGACAUGCGGCUACGACACCAGGCGGCCCGGCUAUGUCUACUACUUUCCAGUCCGCAUCCGCAACCGCAACUCCCGCGGCAGAUCCUACAUGAAAAUCGGCCACGUGCGACUCAAAGAGGACAACGGUGCUUUCCCCCAAGCCCCAAGGAAUGCCUCGACCAAGCCGCUGGAAAUACAGCAGCGACUAAGGCAUUAUAAGCGGCAGUGCCAACUGGACGUUGACGACAUCACCGCAUAUGUGGCGGUGCCUUGCGCGGCCUGGCGCGUGGAGGCGCUGAUACACCAGUAUCUCGGCGGGUUCAGGCGAGAAGAGCACUGCUGCUGCGGCAAGCUGCAUAAGGAGCUUUUUGAGGUUUCGCUCGAGACGGCCCGGCAGGCCGUCCAGACCUGGCGGGCCUUUGGCGAGUGCAUGCCGUACGACGAAGACGGCAAGAUCAAGCAGUUCUGGGCGGCCAAGGCCAAGCAGUGCCGGGCACCGGAGAACUUCGGGAAGUACAGCGUGGAAACGCUGGUUGGUGAGCUGUCUGCCAUUUGCGAGGAAGCAAAGGAGUUUGAGACCACGGGACGGUGCGAGUCAGUUGAGGCAAGACUGGCGCGGAAAUUCGGCAAGACGCGGACCUGGUGAAAAGGGCGAGGC